AUGGAAGGCCAUAUUCAUGAGCAUGACGACCACAUGGUUGAGAUUGGUCAGGAAGUUUCAUCAAGCUUGAAGACAUGUGGAGAAUCGCCUUGCGGAUUCUCAGAUACCAAGACUAGUUCACUAGAAGCUCAAGAACGUGUAACAUCGAUGAGAAAGCUAUUAAUAGCUCUUCUUCUCUGUGCUAUUUUCAUUGUUGUUGAAGUCGUUGGUGGAAUCAAAGCCAAUAGUCUUGCCAUCUUGACUGAUGCAGCUCAUUUGUUGUCUGAUGUAGCAGCCUUUGCUAUAUCUUUGUUCUCGCUUUGGGCCUCGGGAUGGGAGGCAAACCCGCGUCAAUCGUACGGGUUUUUCAGAAUAGAGAUUCUUGGUGCUUUAGUCUCCAUUCAAAUGAUUUGGCUUCUUGCUGGUAUCUUGGUUUAUGAAGCUAUAGUCAGGCUCCAUAAUGGUAGUGGCCAAGUUGAGGGAUCUCUUAUGUUUCUUGUCUCUGCACUUGGUUUGCUUGUCAAUAUUACAAUGGCAAUUCUGUUGGGUCAUAGUCAUAGUCAUGGCCAUGGAACCAAUAAUCAUCACCAUCAUGAUGAUGAAUCCGAAGUCUUGAUCGAGCAAAAGAAGCAGAGGAAUGUAAACAUUCAAGGUGCUUAUCUUCACGUUUUGGGAGACUCGAUACAAAGCGUAGGAGUGAUGAUUGGAGGUGCAAUCAUAUGGUAUAAACCGGAAUGGAAGAUCAUUGAUUUGAUAUGUACAUUGGUUUUCUCUGUGAUUGUGUUGGGGACAACAAUUGGGAUGCUUAGGAACAUUCUAGAGGUUUUAAUGGAGUCGACACCGCGCGAGAUCAACGCGGCAAUGGUUGAAAAAGGAGUGUGUGAGAUUGAAGAAGUUGUAGCUGUUCAUGAGCUUCACAUUUGGGCAAUUACUCUUGCCAAAUUUUUAUUGGCUUGUCAUGUUAAGAUUACACCAGAGGCAGAUGCAGAUAUGGUUUUAGACAAGAUUAUUGAUUACAUCAAAAGGGAACACAACAUAAGUCAUGUGACUAUUCAGAUUGAACGCUAG